AUGCACGGUGGUGGAGAGACGACGGCCACGGCGACUGAGGCGAGGGGGUUGAAGAAAGGGCCGUGGACGACGAAGGAGGAUGCGAUCUUGACGGAGUACGUGAGGAAACACGGCGAAGGUAACUGGAACGCGGUGCAGAAGAACUCAGGCUUGCUCCGGUGUGGGAAAAGCUGCCGUCUACGGUGGGCUAACCAUCUCCGGCCAAAUCUAAAGAAAGGAUCAUUUAGUCCUGAUGAAGAGAAGAUCAUCAUCGAGCUUCACGCUAAGAUGGGAAACAAAUGGGCUCGUAUGGCUUCUCAGUUACCUGGACGAACCGACAACGAGAUUAAAAACUAUUGGAACACAAGGAUGAAGAGAAGACAACGAGCUGGUUUGCCUUUAUACCCUCACGAGAUUCAUCAUCAAGGGAUUGAUAAUGAUGAUGAGUUUGAGUUUAAUUCAUUUCAGUUCUCAAACCAAGACCAUUCUAAUCACCAAAACAUGAUUCAAUACACUAACUCCUCGAAUAUUCCAUCACCCUCCUCUUCAUUCUCUUCUUCAUCUUCUCAACCUCAGAAAAAUAUGUGUUUAGAUCCCUUAAUAUAUACUAAUCCCGGCCUAGACCACAUCCCCGCUACUCCGAUGAAUACUCAUAUGUUCUCUCUUUACAACAAUAGCCUAGAGAAUGAGAACAACCAGUUUGGUUUCUCUCUUCCUUUGUCCUCAUCCUCACCGUCGAAUGAGUUUUGCACUAUCAAUAAGAAAGACAUUGAUGCUAAGAGUUGUAGUUCAUUGCUUAUGAGAGAUCAUGAGAUGAGACCGAGUUCUUUCCCUUUAGGACUAGACAAUACUGUCUUAGAGCUUCCUUCAGUCCAAAUACCGACCCAUUUUCGUAGUUAUAAUACUAUUAUUGACAAUGGUGUCCAUCUUUAUCCACCUGCGGGCAACAGUGGAUUGCUUGAUACCGUCUUGGAGGAGUCUCGAGCCUUGUCUCGCGGUGGAAUCUUCAAGGACGUUACGGUUUCUUCUAGUAGUCUAUGUGAGGAUCAAGACAAGAGAGUGGAAAUUGAUUUUGAGAAUCGGUUGAUAGAUCAUCUAAACUCUUCUCAUCAAUCAUCAUCAGAAACAACCCCUAAUCUUUACAAGAGGUACAAUGAGCCAACGAUAGUGAAGACAACAAUGGAUGAUGAUGAUGGCAUAUUGCUGAGCUUUAUCAACAACUUUCCUUCCACCACACCGUUACCUGAUGACUGGUACCGGGUGACAGAAAUCCAAACAGAAGCAUUAACGAGCGGAAUCUUGAUAGGAAACCAUCAAGGUAACAGCAGAUUGGAACCACAAAAGGCACCACCUUAGUCUGGCACUGUAGAUCCUCUGGCCUUGUUGGGGUCAUGUUACUGAGGCAACAUGCCUAGAAACUGCUAAUUUGGAGAGUAUCCCCAUGAGCAAAAUCAUUUAUUUGGUAAUUGGAAAUUAAGAAAGGAGAAAAGGCUCUCUUUAAGAGCUUAAUUUGUUUCUGUCUGUGUAAAAUCUUUCUAAGUAUUCAGUUUGGUAUUUUCUCUGAACUUUA